AUGCCGCCAGGACUGAUUAGUUCCGCUGCGCCGGGCAAAAAGGCCACUGCGCCCAAGGCUGCACCGCGACGACGCGCUGCCGCCGUAGCCCCGCCUGGACCGUCGCCAUCCGCUGCUGGGCCAUCGACGAGUGUUGCUCCACCGUCACCAGAACACACACAGACCCAACCCCAAACGCCUGUGGUUGAGCAAUUUGUGCAGCAGGAGGAAGCAGCGAGGCCGCGUGAGAGUGAUGUUGAAACUGCAAAUCAUGCCACAGCACCACCUCCCGAGACUGUCGCAGAGCAUGUUGCGUCUCAUUUACCUGCUGAGACAGCAGAGGCCGAGGCUGUAGGUCGUGAACGUGAUUCUGAGCCUGUUUCCAGUGCUGUGCUACCCAUCCCGGAAGCGACACAAGCAGAGACCACAAAGCAAAAAGUACUAGAGGAACAAAGAGAGGAGGAGGAAAGGCAGAGGCAGAGGCAGGAGGCAAUAGGGCGUCAAGCAGAGGAAAAUUCACGUCAAGCAGGCUUGAGAGAGGAGGAGAAAAGACAGGCCGAAGUGCGGGAAGCAGCACGGAACGAGCAACUUGCCGUGGAAGAACGGCAAGUCGCCGAACAGGAGGAGGCAGAACGACAGAACGGUCUCCACGCGACAUCUGCUGUACUGCAUUCGGAUACUGCAGUGGUAGUCAGCACUGAGGAUGCCGGCGCAAGGUCCAAUUCUAACUACGUGCCUCCGUCUGCAUCUUCUGCCACGCCAGCUACCGUUGACCCGACCACACUCCCACCUCCAGCCAGGCCUGUUGCUGUCUCCAAGCCCAGCGCCAAACGCGCACGUGCGGAUAAAUCGUCUACGGGUCCUGUACGACCCGCGAAGAAGGCCAAGACGAGCUCGACGAGGAGUAAUGCAAAGGUUCAAGCUGUUGUCAAUGGUGCGGAGGAGGACGAAGGAUUUCGGUCAAGCGAAGUCGAUGGCGCGGAGACUGAUGCAGCUCAGCCGAAGCCCAAAGCGAAGCGGAAGCCCGUGGCGAAAAAAGCGAUCGCUGGACGAAAGCGCAGAAUGAGCGUGGCCACAAUUCAGAACUCCGACGACGAAACUGAGGGGCAGGAUGAGCAGGAAGAGGAAGACCAAGGAGAUGUUGCAGCAGCAAUGCCACCGCCCAAGAAGCCGCGAAAACCGCGCGCGAAGAGGGCGACCAAGAAGAAAGCUGCCAAGGCCGCUGCCCGCACAGGAGGCGACGAGGCCGCAACGGAGAAUGAGGGCGAAGGCCAGCUGCCAGAUGAAACCGUGAAUCAUGACGAUGAGGGUGAGACUUCCGACCCCGAGCUCCAUGAAAUUGAUCCCAACUCCAUCUCUAUGUGGGAGCUUUCUCGUGAUGAACACCACGGCAAAAAAUCUGAACGUGGCAAGAAGAUGGAAGACAUCGACUGGGACAAGGUCGCCCAGGACCGUCGCGACGCAGCAAAUGCUCUCGUCGCCAGCUUUCGAAACGAACUCCAACCGCAAGCAGACCCAUCAGAUGAUGUUGUAGCAUCGGUAGAAGGUCCUGCAGACACCGCUGAGCUUGAUGGCUCCGGAGCCCGCCGCUCGCAGUCUCGGGCACCAACUGCAGCACCGGCGAACGACGAUCUCGGUCUUGGCUUCGUUCUCGAUGCGGAUGGUAACAUUGUCACGGAUGAAAAUACACUCACCUUCACCCGCGACGCUGCUGCCCAGGCAGCGGCAAACAGCGAUGCUCCUGUUGAGGAUUUUACCGAUCUCACCCAGACUUUCAACCGCGUCACACAUCUCAAUGCUAACCGCCGCGAUCCUGCUGAUCGCCUGCCAGCGUGGAAGUCGAAAAGUGACCCUUGGAGCGAAGAUGAGACCGACAAGUUCUACGACGCAUUGCGCAUGUUUGGAACAGACUUCUUCAUCAUAUCGAAGAUGUUCGCACCAAAGACCCGGCGUAUGAUCAAGAACAAGUUCAACCGCGAGGAGAAGUUGGAUCCUAACAGGAUCAAUCGUGCUCUGACCGGAAUUGUGGAGACGCCAAUGUCUUUGGAGCACUAUUCGCGCGAAACUGGAUUCGCAAUGGAGAAGUUUACAAAGUACGAAGGCGUGCAACACGCGCAAAGUGUGAUUGACAGCGAGAAUGUGGGCAAGGAGGUCGUGGAUGAGAAGGAGGCGAAAAGGAGGGAGAAGGAGCUUGCCAGAGAAGAGAAAGAGCGUGAGAAGGAGAGGCAGAAGGAGGAGAGGAAGGCAAAGCGAAAGGCGAAGACCAAGAAGGGGAUCGCAGAGGCUGGAGGAGCGGGCUUUGGGGGUGGUGGACCGGUCGAGAUUGUGGUCGGCGAGGCAGAGUAG